AUGACAAAACCCAAUUUAAAAAAUACAGAUAAUGACCGUAAGAUGACACUACAAGUUACAUGUUCCAAAUGUAAGCGUAAGGUUGACCCAAAAAAUACAAUGUUAUGCUCGCUAUGCAGGAAUAACUUUGAAUUUGAUUGCGUCGGAUACUCGGAGAGACUGUACCGCUUAAAAGAUGCAGCAGCUAAAAGUAAAUGGAAGUGCAAAGACUGUAGCCAAAAAUCAAAAGGGACUUCGACACCUUACUCCUCUUUAUCCCACGUAACCACAAAGAAAUAUAAAAUAGCUAAGAAAUCCUACGAAAGCCCUUCUACUUCAAGUGCAAUUUUUAUGCCGACUGAGACGGAACCUUCAGAAAUGGCGCCUGCAAGUGUGUUAGUACAUCUGGACGAUUCACAAACAAUGCAGACAAGCAUUGCUCAACUGAAUGCCUCACCAAUAAAUCAAAUAGACGACUCACAAGCACUAACUUUAUCCCACGAUUCCAACGAACCUGACGACUCACAUGUGCUGACUACCUCCCACGAUCUGAGUGAGCUUGUGGUUUCCUUUCGUAAACCACUUUCAAAAAGUUUGGAUCAAACUAUAACCGACUCUAUUGCAAUACAGGAAAUGAAGGACACAAUGAACCGACUCCGAACGGAAUAUAACAUACUACAGAAUGAAUUCGAUAACAUAACAUUAGAAAAUAACAAUCUCCGACAGAAAAUAAUCAAAUUGACAAAGGAAAAUAAGACGUUGACAGCCUUAUGCCAAUCUUCACAUAACGUUGGCCAAACAAGCCAGAGCUCCGAAAAACGAAAUAAACGAUCCAAACGACAGUCAGUAUUAUCUUCUUCUCUCACUUCUCACUCUCACAUUGGUUUUGUUUCUCCGGCAUAUAAAAAAACAGCUCAUUCAAACACCACACCCAUGGCACUCCAACUAAAAAUUAAAGACUUAGAGAAACAGCUUAAAUAUACUGAAAACCAGGUUUUAAUGUUUCCCGAAGAAGGCUGGGCGCGCAGUGCUUCUUCGUCUUACUGGACCCUGCAGCCGUGCUGGUGGCGUCGAUCACGCUGCAAAGUCGUGGAAGUAGCGGGUACUAAAAGGCACAGCACACACGCAAGAAUGAUUAUCAGCGGUGCCAAUGCGGUAUACAUCGUUGGAACUUUCAAGCAUCUUGGAACAGAUGCUGAUUUCAAGCUCUACCUCACAACGAAUGUUACUCAGGCGGAUUUCAACAUGGGCUACACCAUGACCGGGACCUUAGAACGCGGCAACCGAUCCACCAAUACUUUCCAAGUGACUCACUUUGCCGUUCUAAGACGCUGCGAUCACGAAUCACAUCACUUGAAGAGCUCGUAA